GGUUGGGGUAUUUGGGUUGCAAAGUUGGCUAGCUCGGAGUGGGAGGAUUCUUGUUGGAUUGUAGUGAAUGGGAGGGGGUGCGGAGUUGUGCUAAAUUCAGGCUGGGGUAUUUGGGUUGCAAAGUUGGCUGGCUCGGAGUGGAGCGGGGUAAAAGAAGGGGAGGUAACCAGACGAAAGUUACGUCAAGAUUGCCAUGGCUGUAGCGGGGUGGACAGGCCUGGCCCGACAGGCAGUGACAUCCGUCGGGUACACUACAAGGCGCAGCCAUUCGGCCGUCAAGUCUCAGUACGACGCUGUCAUCAUCGGUGGAGGACACAAUGGAUUGGUAGCGGCAGCCUAUCUGCAGAAGGGGGGGCUGAAGACAGCAGUUCUGGAGCGUAGACAUGUGUUGGGAGGGGCAGCUGUGUCGGAGGAGAUCAUCCCAGGAUACCACUUCUCCAGGUGUUCUUACCUGCUCAGUCUGUUGAGGCCCCACAUCAACAGAGACCUGGAACUCAUGAAACAUGGGCUGAAGGUGUAUAUGAGGGACCCCCAUGCCUUCACCCCCAUGCUGGAGGAGGGGGUGGGGGGAGCCCCCCCUCGGUCUCUGCUUCUGGGGGGAGACCUGGCCAUGAACCAGAGGGAGAUCAGCAAGUUCUCAGAGAAGGACGCCAAGGCUUUCCCAGAGUUUGUGACCCACCUGGAGAAGCUGGCUGGGGCUAUCCAUCCCCUCCUGGACGCCCCCCCUGUGGACAUCCCUGGGAUCAUGGGGGGGUCACUCACCAAAAGGCUGGUUGCCCUCAAGACUCUGAUUCCCAUGGUCAAGUGUGGUAUGAAAUUGGGCAAGAACAUUCCAGACUUCUAUGAGAUUGUAACAGCGCCAAUAAUGAAGAUCCUGAAUCGCUGGUUUGAGUCUGAACCUCUCAGAGCCACCCUGGCCACAGAUGCUGUCAUCGGAGCCAUGACCAGUCCCAGCAACCCUGGCAGUGGAUAUGUGCUGCUGCACCAUGUGAUGGGAGAGCUGGAGAAGGAGAAGGGGGCGUGGGGCUACGUGGAGGGGGGCAUGGGUGGGGUGUCCAAGGCGAUCGCCAGCUCUGCCCACUCCCUGGGAGCAGAUGUCUUCACUGAACAGAGUGUGCAGCAAGUCCUGGUCGGGGCGGAUGGCUCUGCCAGGGGGGUGGUCCUGCAGGACGGCACAGAGGUCCACAGCAAGGUGGUUCUGUCCAACGCCACACCGUACCUCACCUUCAAACACCUGGCUCCUCAGGGGUCCCUGAGCCCAGAGUUUCUCAAAGCUGUGGACCAGAUCGACUACACGUCCCCCGUCACCAAGAUCAACGUGGCGGUGGACAGGCUGCCUAACUUCCUGGCCGCGCCCACCCCUGAUGGCAAGGCGGGCCCCCACCACCAGUGUUCCAUCCAUCUGAACUGUGAGAGUGUGGAGUUGCUAGAGACAGCUUACAAGGAUGGCCUGGAUGGACGACCCUCGUCCAGGCCCAUGCUGGAAAUGACUAUCCCCUCAGUGCUGGAUCCUACUCUGGCGCCCUCUGGCUGCCAUGUGGUGUCUCUGUUCACCCAGUUCACCCCCUACCACCUGGAGGGGGGCCGGGACUGGACGGACCAGGACAGGGAGGACUACGCCGACUCAGUGUUUGGCUGGGUGGAGCAAUACGCCCCUGGUUUCAAAAGCUCCAUCGUGGGCAAAGACAUCCUAACCCCGCCAGACCUGGAGAGAAUCUUUGGACUCACUGGAGGGAAUAUUUUCCAUGGCUCCAUGUCAUUGGACCAGCUGUACCUGGCACGACCUUUGCCCUCUUUCUCUGACUACCGUUCACCAAUCAGAGGGCUGUAUCUUUGUGGCAGUGGCUCCCACCCAGGUGGUGGUGUGAUGGGCUCCUCAGGAUGGAACGCUGCGCAAACUGUCAUGGCCGACCUGCGACGUGGCUGAAACCCUGAACUUUGGAAGAGAGAAAGAGAGAGAGAGAGAGAGAGAGAGAGAGAGAGAGAGAGAGAGAGAAUAUAAUGAGGUGGAUAGAAUAAAGGAUAAAGACAGAAGGCAAUGUCAAUUUGCAUAUUGUUGCCGCAAAGAAAAACAGCCACGUUUAAGUGAAUGUGACAUUCAUACUGAAACAUUUUUUGUGAGAGUGAUCAGAUAUGGAUCUGUGUGUCUCUGGUCUACCCAUCCUGUCUACCUGUCUGUCUACCUAUCUGUCUCCCUGCCUGGCUGUGUGUCUACCUGUCUGUGUGUCUACCUGUCUGUCUGUCCGCCGGUCUGCCUGUCUGUCUGUCUGUCUGCCUGUCUGUCUGCCUGUCUGUCUGCUUGCCUGUCUGUCCUCAGGACACUGCAUAUCUACCAAUAUGUUAGGGUUAGGGUAACCUGGGGUAACCUGCACAUCUGUGGCCUGGCGACAAGCACGAAUACAACAGAUGUAUUCACACUACAUACACAUGAUAGACAAAGACAAAUUAAGUAUUCUUGAAAAGUGAACUUUUUUUACGUAUUUGAAUAAACUAACAUCUUACGAAUGAAAUGUAUGCCUUUAAAAAUAACUGCUAGACACUCCAAUGUUUAAACUAAAAAAUUAUACUCAUAAAACAUUCCUAAAAACAAUGUUUUCAUGUUGAAAUGAAUGAAUCAUGUUCCAGCCAGGACCAGAUGUUCAGUGUUCUCAUUCUACAAGGCUCUUGAAGUGCUUCAUUAAAACCAUGCCCAAAGACUGGCUGAGUGUUUUCCAUUGUCUUAUACAGCUUCAAUAAACAGGAAUGUCUUUCUUCUGCAA